AUGAUACACCCUGGCUUAAUGGCUAUCUCUGAAGUGAAGAAUGACUCUCUUGCUUUGAUUAGUGGUGUAAAUAGUGGUUUAGAUGAUGAAUGCUUCUCAGAUAAUGGAGGUAAUGAAACAGAUUGUAUCUCUGUCUAUAAUGAUAAUGUAGGCAAAAAUGGCCUAACUGAUGUGCUGAAUGACAAGGAUUCCUGGUAG